AUGGAAACUGAGACUGCGGCAGAUCCACCUCCUAAGUCCAAAAAACCUUACGAAGAAAUAAGUGCUGUUUUCAAUGGCAAUGAGGUAAAAAUACGGGUCCCUAAGAGUACAUCGAAGCCGCCGAAGCUGACUCCUUCGCAGCUGAAACUCCAGCAGAGCUGUACUUGUGAUGAGUCAGGGUCGGUGUGCUCAGAAACUUGCGGCAUUGCAUGUGGCGAAGCGCAGUGCCCUGCCAAUAGACUGGACUUUCAGAUUCCGGACGACAUAUGCGAGUCACUGACACACAGGACGCCUCUGAACUCAGAGCUGGUCUACUCGAAGACCCAGGGUAACGAGACAAUGUGCAACGUUUGUAACGUUACCCCGAAAGACGCCCCCAAAGGUGUGCAAGCGCAGAAGGUUCUUCACCCAGACAAAGAUGUUUUCAUACUCAAAAUUGGGAAGCAAACUGAUGAACCGAAUAGGACUGGAAAUAUAGAGGUGGAGUUAGUGACCCCUCGAGCUCCUUCCAAAGCACUGCCAGCCACUCACAACUGCAUGCAGAUCCAGUGUGAAGAGGAAGAUAUUCCCUGCUGCCUUCCCUGCAGAACUUGCCGAGCCAUCACCCCAAAGAAAAGAAAAAUUAAAAGGUCUCGAUGUUGCCCUUACUAA